AAUUUACACCUGAAGGAGGAAAAAAACAAACCAGAUGCCAACGGUGAGUCAGGUGCUGUUGUCAAGGCUGAUGACAACGUGGAGAAGACAGAGGAUGAGGAGAAGGAGGACAGAGCUGCCCAGUCCCUGUUGAACAAGCUGAUCCGUAGCAACCUGGUGGACACCACAAACCAAGUGGAGGUGCUGCAGAGGGAUCCCACCUCACCCCUCUACUCUGUCAAGUCCUUUGAGGAGCUGCGGCUGAAACCACAGCUGCUGCAAGGAGUCUAUGCCAUGGGCUUCAACAGACCAUCUAAGAUCCAGGAGAAUGCCCUGCCCAUGAUGCUGGCUGAACCCCCUCAGAACCUGAUUGCACAGUCUCAGUCUGGGACUGGCAAGACAGCUGCCUUUGUCCUGGCCAUGCUCAGUCGUGUGGAACCUGGGAACAAGUACCCACAGUGUUUGUGCCUUUCCCCAACAUAUGAGCUGGCACUUCAAACAGGAAAAGUGAUUGAACAGAUGGGAAAGUUUUAUCCAGAGCUGAAACUUGCAUAUGCUGUCAGAGGCAAUAAAUUGGAGAGAGGUCAGAAGAUCUCUGAGCAGAUAGUCAUUGGCACCCCUGGCACCGUGCUGGACUGGUGUUCCAAACUGAAAUUCAUAGAUCCCAAGAAAAUCAAAGUGUUUGUCUUGGAUGAGGCUGAUGUGAUGAUUGCAACCCAGGGCCACCAGGACCAGAGCAUCCGCAUUCAGAGGAUGCUCCCUAAGGACUGCCAGAUGCUUCUGUUUUCAGCCACUUUUGAAGAUUCUGUGUGGAAAUUUGCUCAGAAAGUUGUUCCUGACCCAAACAUCAUCAAACUGAAGAGAGAGGAGGAGACACUGGACACUAUUAAGCAGUAUUAUGUUCUGUGCAAUAACAGAGAUGAGAAGUUCCAGGCUCUCUGUAACAUCUAUGGUGCUAUCACCAUUGCCCAGGCCAUGAUCUUCUGCCAUACCCGGAAGACAGCUGGCUGGCUGGCAGCAGAGCUCUCCAAGGAAGGCCAUCAGGUGGCACUGCUGAGCGGGGAGAUGAUGGUGGAGCAGAGAGCUGCUGUGAUCGAACGGUUCCGAGAGGGCAAAGAGAAGGUGCUGGUGACCACAAACGUCUGUGCCAGAGGGAUUGAUGUCGAGCAGGUCUCUGUGGUCAUCAAUUUUGACCUUCCUGUGGAUAAAGAUGGAAAUCCAGAUAAUGAGACUUAUCUGCAUCGCAUCGGGCGCACGGGUCGCUUCGGCAAGAGAGGACUGGCCAUUAACAUGGUGGACAGCAAGCACAGCAUGAACAUCCUCAACAGGAUCCAGGAGCAUUUCAACAAAAAGAUAAACAAAUUGGAUACUGAUGACUUGGAUGAAAUUGAGAAGAUAGCUAACUGAAGAACAGCUGCUGGAACUGGUGUGUACCCUGCUGUGGAAGCUCUCCCACUACAAUUGGAUCAGUGUUCAGAUUGGCAAGCUUCUCAGCUGCUCCCAAAAAGGACUCUCUUCAGAUACGAGUACACAAAAUUACCUCAUUUUACAAAUUGCAGUUGGACUUCAAAAUUGUGCAACUAUGGGGAGGAAGAGGAAAUGUUUACAGAAGCUUUGAACAUUUCUUAGUUUAGCCUUAAAAUGGGAAGAUUUUCUUUUUUUUUUUUGGAAUUCUGAGAAAUACACUUGCCAAAAAAAAAAAAAGGGCAAUAGGUAAUUAUGUCAAACAAAU